AUGACAAGACAAUUAAACCAAGAUGCUCUGGAACAUUUUUUUGGACACAUGAGAGGAGCCUGUGGAUCCAACUCUCAUCCAGAUUUAUUGUUGCUUGUUCAAGUUUAUAGGCUUUUAUCUGUGUACUCAUUGGUUAAACCAAUAAGUGGAAGUAAUGUUACAGGAAGUGAAUUACUAUCAACCAUAAUUUCCUUAAAAGAUUUGGUUGGUGAGGAACAUAAGGAACGCAAAGAACAUUUUGAGAACAUUAUUGAUAAUAUUAUAAACAAUGCUUCUCCACUCAUGGAUAUUGAAAUUGAAGAUAAUACAGUAGAACUUCCAUAUAACGGUCAUCAAAGGGACUUUAAAUAA